GCAGCUUUCAAAGCUGUGAGCCAAUAGGAUCCAGGCUGGCACCAACAGAGAGUGGAAGCGAACACGACCAGUCGACUCAGCGAGCUGCCAUGCGCCAACUCCCGAACGCCGAGCAGGGUAGCGGCCUCAGCAAGCUUGACCGGCUCAAAGCCGUGCUCGAGGAAAGCAAGAGGAAGAAGGCGGCUAGCCCGCAGAGCAUACUGCCGGCUUCCUCGCUAGGCACCUCACGUAAAGAGGCACUGCCAAAUUGUACCACACCGGUUGCUGGCAACAGCCCCAACGAAAAGGACGCACUUCGUACCUCUGGAGCAACAUCGCCAGAACAGAGCUCCGAAAAAGCCAAGAAGCUGAAGGAGCUGCUUGAAAGGCAAGCCCGGAAGAGAGUGACCAUGCAGUUGCUGAGCUCCCCAACGCCCCCUGCUCUGGACCGGGUUUCAAACCAUGACGAAAAGGGCAGUGAAAACUCGUCAACGGCUCUCCCAUCCUCUGAGCCCCAUUUGAAGAAAGAUGGUGACAUUGGUGGCGGUCAGUUUCCGUGCUCAAGGCUUCCCUUGGGCAUGCGAGUCCCGGUCGUUUUCCUUAGAUUGGGGGAGGACAAAAAGGUAAUCUACCUGCAAGAGAUGUCGGCCUUACGAGACCUAGUCAAGAUGGUGAAGGCACUGAACACUGUGGUAUCCAGAGAGAAACAACUCGAGGAGCCUGUCCCAGGUGAUCUCGUUGCCGUUCUGCACGAAAAGGACUCGACGUGGUACCGGGGACAAAUUGGGCCCAUUCAGCAUGACGAAAAGGACGCAGACAGCAGCGACGGGUCAAAAAAGAAGGUGCGGGUGUGGUUUGUCGACUAUGGGCGUUGGGACGACGUGCCUCUGGACUGCCUGCGCCAUCUGCCGAGCGGCUACGAGCGGCUCCCCGGCUUUGCCAUUCCGGUCACCUUGCACGGACUGAAGAAGAUCAAGGUACCCAAGGACGUCAAGUUCGAAGGGAGCUUUUUCGACGCGGAGGUCGUGACCAACAGCGACCGACAGUCAGUCCGAUUGCACAUUCGCAACGACGACCUCUGCCUCAACGACACGCUCUCCGUGUAUGCAGAGUCAACCAGCGACGCGUCUGCAGCGUGACUGUAAUGAAUGAGCAUCACUUAAAGGCUGUUUGAACCCUGCAAUUACUUCAACGUUGUGCUUAGGAGAAGAGAUGGAGUACCAUGAAGAGUGUUUGUCUGAACUGGAGUUCUUAGUAUUUGAGUGUGGUGAUCUGGUACUGUGUCUCGAACGCUCUAGUUGUUGUGGGAACACAGCAUACAGGCAAAGAAGGCGUGCAAACAAACACACAUGCACUGCUGCUUGCAUAUUUAUUUGUAUGCCAUCUAUUCUCGAUGUGCCACGUUCACGCUACUACAACCAGUUCAUUUUUAGUGAAGACAAGUUUCCGUGAUUGCUACGCAUAAUACGGGUGUAAGUUUACUUUCUUUGGACACAGAAAGCGCUUGGCUAGAUGGUUAGUGCACGUUGCAUUAACACAUCUUGCUACUUUAUCUCGGAAUAGGGAUUUUCAUACUGAUUAGUUUCACUCAUUUGUAAAUUCUCGCGCAUGUCAAAAUGCAACAUACGUCUUGCGUGGGCGAGUUAUGACGUUUGCACAUUGCCUUGUUUCAUCUUGUCUGAAGCCUGUGUUGCAUAGUACAUCUGAUCACACGAAAAACAAAGCGGGGGCACGAACAUGCAGAGACGUGUGCCGAAAUCUCGGUGGUAACAAUUGUUUGUGCAAUGCGUGCUUGAUAGGCCCACAGAGGCCACAAUGGCUCCACUAGGGAACAAGGUAUAUCUGCUGCAAAGUUUCACACAUCUGCAGUAGUGUCUAAUGCUCUUAGUAUUAGUACUAAUAGGAU